CGACGACGACGACAAUAACAGGGAAAGAAUUACGAUAGGUUCCGGUUGAUAACUAGGUGUUGGUGGUGACUGAGCAUGAUAGCACGCCGUGGCUAUCGUGGGAUCGAUAGCAGAAGGCUUCCUCCCUUCAUCCUCCCUAUCAAGGGCGGUGUCCCGUAAACCUAUAAAGAUAUGGCGGUCAAGGUGUGAUAAUACACAUGCGCUCUACAUUGGCCGGAACGUACCAACGGCGGGGCUGCUACGAUCGAUCGAGCGGCUUUACGAUAAUUAGUUGCCCGCACCUGGACUGGUGGUACCCUAGUAUGGCUCUAGUGGCUCGCUGAGUUUGCGAGCGAACGGUGUACUUUCGGAGCACAGUGAAAGCAAUCGAAGCAACGAGAUGAGCAAGGGAGAAAAUCUUGAUCGGCGGUCGGGCACCUGCCUCCUAGUCGGUGCGUUGUGCUUGCUGGUCCCGUGCCUGUCGGACGGUAGCUCGGUCACUGGUCACGCUGAGCGUGUGGACUGCGUGACACCGAGCUGCGUGACGGCGGUGGAUCGGGCUACGCUGUGGCCGUUCGAGGAUCCCAACUUUUACCUCCAGUGCAUGCCCGGUGGGGGCGUAUCGUGGGAGCUGGUAAAGGAACCGUGCCAGGGUCGCCGAUUGUUCCAUUACGCGCGACAGCAGUGCAUCGUGCCGGCCAACUGGGAGUCGGCGUGUAUGGAUCAACCAACCGAGCCACUGCCGGUGACGCGCUGCCCGGUGGUGCAGUGUGGUACGCGGCAGGACGUGGAGCGGCUCUGGCCCGACCCGGAUCCCGGCCGUUUCCUGCAGUGCAUCCCACAGGCUACGGGUGGAAUCGCCCCGGUUCAGCAAGAUUGCCCCGUCGGGAUGCUGUACAGCGAUCGUGCCCAGGCCUGCAUCGUGUCCAGCCACUGGUCGUUGGAGUGUACGUUCGAUGAGCUUACGCCUGGCCCGACCGGUGGUGACACGGAGCAACCGACCACCACGCCGACGACGCCAACGACGCCAACAACCCCGACGACGCCAACAACCCCAACGACACCGGGCGAGUGGCAACUCUGCCAGCCACCGAUUUGCGAGCGCGAAGACACCCGCCUGUAUCCUUCCACCAUCCGGUCAUCGUUCUAUCAGUGCGUUCCGCUGCCGAACGGCUUUUGGCAGGCCCAGCUGCGCCCGUGCGCCAGCGGUACACUGUUCCAUUACGGUCUGCAGCUGUGCGUGUUCCCGGCCGAUUGGGAGAACUUCUGUCCCGAUCCGUGAGCAGCCGCGGUACACCAAUUAUAAAUAAAUGCAAAAUUGUGCCGACACACACCCAUCAA